AAUCAACAAAAACAGCUGCUCGAUAUUUCAACCUAAUUUAUGGGAAAUGUUGAGGUUAGUGUGGUUGCGUAGUACAAUAAAAAGUAUUUUGCAGAAUGAGUAAUUUUUUAAAUAUCACCGUAAAUACAACUGCAAAUAUAUUUCGUAAUAGUACACACCGCUUACUACAUCGCGCACCACUCUUGGCACAAUCACUAAAUAAGGCAACCGCUCCAAAAGCUUUAUCAUUCUUCAGCAAACCAAAAAGUGUAAUUUUAAGAGCACCGGUACGAAAUCGUUGUUCACCAGCCUAUGAUGUGAACACGAACGUCACCAAGGAUGUGAUACUCUUUAAAUAUGAGAACCCCAGGUACUACAAUGUGCUGAACAUUUUUGCACUGUGUCAGUUUGUUUUCUGGACGUAUCUGUCACAUUUUGCGUUUACAACACUCAAAGAUGCGCCUGUACUGGAAUUACCUGAAGACGAAUUAGCAUGGUAUCAACGUAUAAAUCUUGGAGAAAAUAAAUAUAGGAACGGCAUUACCACAUUCUGUUUUCUAAUAGGGUACGGAAUCCUCUGUGCUGCCUGGUUGUUCACGUUACGUUCUGUGCGUUACCUUAUUCUUCGGAAAGGUGGAAAGGACGUUGCAUUUGUAACAUAUGGCCCUUUCAACAAAAACCGCAUAUUGACUGUACCACUGAAAUAUGUUUCAGCUCAGGAGUCACGCGAUUUAGCACGCUCCCAACUACCCAUCAAAGUGAAAAAUCGUGUUCUUUAUUAUGUACUUGACAUGCGUGGGGAGUUUCGAAAUCCAAAGUUAUUUGAUCAUACCGCAGGCUUGAAGCGACGUAUUGAUUAAAAACAUGUGCUGCUAGUUUUACUGCUUAGUUAAUAAAAGUGUUUAUUUACUCAUA